CGUUUUAAACCGGUUAAGUAACUUUACGACGCUCCCUAAUUACCGCUUGCAGCCCGACCUUUGCCCCCUCUCUCUACACUCACUGCUGUAUCGUAGCAUGCAGUGUGUAAUAACAGCCGGAUUGUGCGUAUUUAGACAGCGACACAUUAUUACAGACGUGCUCACACAUUUACCGAGGUUUGUGGCUCAUCGAAACAUGUCGUCGUCUCAAGCUAAACGGCCGGUUUCCCUGCUGGGUACGAUGGCUUUCGGCGGUCGAGCCGACGCCGACCAAAGCCUGGAGAUGGUGAAGGCUUUCCUGGACAGGGGACACAACCAUUUGGACACAGCCUUCAUGUACACGGAUGGGAAGUCUGAGACCGUCAUAGGGGGCAUGAAUCUCCCUAAAACAGUAACCAUAGCUACAAAGGCCAACCCCUGGGACGGGAAGACGCUGAAGCCAGAGAGUGUACGCUCCCAGCUGGAAACGUCCCUUCAGAGGCUGCGGACUGACUGUGUGGAUCUGUUCUACCUCCAUGCCCCUGACCACCAAAAUCCUAUCCAGGAUACUCUUAGGGCCUGCAAUGAACUCCACAAAGAGGGAAAAUUCAAGGAGUUCGGUCUAUCAAAUUACGCGUCAUGGGAAGUGGCUGAAAUAGUGUGCAUCUGCAGACACAACAACUGGAUCGUUCCCACUGUGUAUCAGGGGAUGUACAAUGCCACAACAAGACAGGUUGAGACAGAGUUGCUGCCAUGUCUGAGAUACUAUGGAAUGAAGUUCUAUGCAUAUAAUCCUUUAGCAGGUGGCCUUCUGACUGGAAAGUAUCAUUACCAAGACAAAGAUGGUUCCCAGCCUGCAGGACGAUUCUUUGGUAACAGCUGGGCUGCAGCAUAUAGGGACAGAUACUGGAAUCUGAGUCAUUUUGAGGCGAUAAAUGUGGUUCUGAAGGCCUUGGACACAGUGUACGGCUCAGACAAACCAACUCUGACUUCUGCUGCUAUGCGUUGGAUGUACCACCACUCCAAACUUAAGGGUGAACUGGGAGAUGGAGUUAUCAUUGGCAUGUCAAGCAUGGAGCAACUUCAGCAAAACUUGGCUUGUGCAGAGGAGGGUCCUCUGGACCAGAGAGUGGUCGAUGCCUUCAAUGAAGCCUGGAAUCUUGUAGCUCAUGAGUGUCCAAACUACUUCCGCUAAAAUCUCCAUAACAGGGCAAACAAACAUGCAAGUUUAUGCAGAUCAGAUCUGCUAAAGGCCAUUUCCCUUUAGUUACCUACUUAAAACAAAAAAAAAACUUUUAUCUUUUUUCCUCAAAUCACACUUGAAAUUAUUUUCUUAUGAAUGAAUAAAUUGGAGACCUUUA